AUGGAGGUCUACGUGCGUCUUCGCAAUGCGAAAAAUGACUACGAAUGGACACGCGGUCGUGUGCUACGUCGUGUGCAAAACUCUGCUUCCCACGUGCUUGUACAGCUUCACAAUAGCGAAGAAACCGUCGAGGUUGAUGAAGUUGGAGACGUGCGCAUGACGAAUGAGUUGGCGGCUGGUCAGACGUUGGCAGACGUAAAGGAUCUGGAUGCACUCACGCAUCUGCAUGAGCCUGCAAUUGUGGAUUAUCUGGCGCAGCGGUAUAGUGUGGACCAAGUGUAUUGCAGGUCCGGUGCGGUGCUCAUUGCUGUGAAUCCAUUUAAGGACAUAUCAGGGCUCUACAACUUGUACAAGUUCCGUAAAGAGAUGUCCAGUUGGACUUCACUGCCUCCUCACGUGUUUUCGAUUGCUGAGGGGGCAUAUCGGUCGUUACAACGACGAUUGCAGGAGUCUGGAGCGAAGAUGAAGGAUCAGACGAUCUUGGUGAGCGGAGAAAGUGGCGCAGGAAAGACCGAGACGACAAAGUUCAUCAUGAACUAUCUGGCAGAAAGCAGUCAAGAUACGGACACUAUAAGUAUCAGCGUGAAGAAACAGGCGAUUGGCAGCAGUGAACUAAUGAGCGCGAACCCCAUUCUAGAGUCUUUUGGCAACGCCAGAACCUUGCGUAACGACAACAGCAGUCGAUUUGGAAAGUUUUUGCGCAUGUUCUUUGACUCAAAGAUGAAAGGACAUGCAGUGGAUACAUCGCUGACCAUGGUGGGCACAUCGGUAGAGACGUAUCUACUGGAAAAAGUCCGUGUGGUGCAUCAGACCAAUGGAGAGCGUAAUUUUCAUGUGUUUUAUGAGCUUCUCGCCGGUGCAGAUGACAAACUGAAGAGUCAGUUGCAUCUUGAAAACAUGUCAGCGCAUGAUUUCCAGUACACAAAUGAAGGAGGAUGUUCCCGGAGAAAUGAUGGCGUACGUGAUGAUAAACAAUUUCAGCUGACGAUGCAGUCGAUGAAAAUUUUGGGUUUUACCGAUGUCGAGCAAGAGGCAAUUUGGAAAAUUUUGAGCGCACUGCUGCAUCUCGGUAACGUCUCGUUCGUUCCUUCGAGCGAAGAUGAAGCGAAUGGAACGGCGUCAGCACCUUGUCGGCUUGCAUGCCGCUCGCCAUCUUCGCUUGCAGUUCAGGAGCACUUUGAUGUCGUAUCAAAACUCUUCGCCGUGGAUCAGGAGGAACUGGUGUCAGCACUGACGACACGAAAAAUUAGUGUUGGUGAUGAAACGUUUCAUGCGAACUUGAGUCUCGCGCAGUGUGGAGAUGCCCGUGACGCGAUGGCUCGCUCACUGUAUGCUUUUUUGUUUCAGUUUCUUGUCGCCAAAAUAAACUCGGCUUCACCACAAGUCGAUCAGGCUACAACUACUGCGAGCAAGGACGCUACAACAGCAAUACCGUGCAUUGCAGUCCUGGAUAUAUUCGGCUUUGAAGAAUUCGAAGUGAACCAGUUCGAACAGUUUUGCAUCAAUUACGCAAACGAAAAGCUGCAGUAUCAGUUCAUCCAAGACAUCCUUCUGACUGAGCAACAAGCCCAUAUCGAGGAGGGUAUUAGGUGGAAAGCUGUCGACUACGAAGACAAUUUAGUAUGCCUUGAGAUGAUCGAGCAACGUCCAAGUGGCAUUUUCUCAGUCCUGGACGAGGAAUGUGUUGUUCCGAAGGGUAGUGAUGGAGGCUUCGCUCGGAAGUUGUAUCAGCGACUGCAGGAUAACUGCAGCUUUAGCGCUUCUCGUUCCGAGCAGGCCGAGUUUACAUUUCAAGUACAUCACUACGCAGGCAACGUUCGAUACCAAGCAGAAGGUUUUUGCGAGAGAAAUAAGGAUCAGCCCAAUGCAGAGCUGUUCAGCGUUUUGGAAAAAUCAAGUGACGCGCAUUUGUGCGAGCUCUUUAGCUUUUUUGAGGUCAGUGAAUCAGCACGACUUCAGCUUGGUCGGCCCAAGUUGAGGCGGAGAUCUUCAGCUCUUAGCUCAGCAGGCAUCGGAUCCCAGUUUAAGCAGCAGUUGGCAAGUUUGCUGGACGUCGUUCAGCAGACUCAGACACACUAUAUUCGCUGCAUUAAACCAAACGACGCGAGUGCGAGUGACAUGUUUGACAUGGCAAAGGUGUCAAGUCAAUUGCGUUACGGUGGUGUAUUGAAAGCGGUGGAAAUCAUGCGUCAAUCUUUUCCCGUGCGUCUAAGUCAUGCAGACUUCAUAAAACGCUAUCAACUCCUGGUGUCGACAAGGCAGUGUAAAUAUUACAAGGUUGCCUCAAAAUGGACCGCUUCGGAUUUAUUGACAGUCUUGAAGAUCGAUCAAGCUGAGCUUGGCAGAUCUCGCGUAUUUCUACGACAGCACGCCUUUGAUCAAUUGGAACAAGAACGCGAGCGUGUUGUUGGAACGUUAGCAACGAAGUUACAAAGUUCAUGGCGUAGCGUACAGCAGCGCCGAGUAUACAUCAGACAAGCGCAUGCUUUGCGCAUCAUUCAAGUUCGAUGGAGGUCAACUUUGAAAAAGAAGCGCUGCACUGCUCGACGCAAUAAAUCAGCAACAGUGCUUCAGCGUGCUGUGCGCGUCUGGCUGAGCUGGAUCAAAAGUUGUCGAUCACAGAGCGCAUUGCUUAUUCAGCGGAGUUUUUUACGAUGGUACAGAGCACGGAUUGCGUCAUUGAAAUAUGCUGCAUCUCCUGAGACUUUUGCCAAAGCAUUGGUGGACCCGUGUGGCUAUAAUGGUCGCGACAGUGAGCGCACAAUCGAAACGUUGGAAGAAGACGACGUUCUAUCGAUAGCAACUGAUUCAGCUGGAACAAGUGCGUACUCGGAGGAUGUUGAUUUUUUGUCAAUGGGUGCGUUACCGAGAGCAAGUAUUCGUGGCAGCGCGCAAGACUUUGGAGAUGGAACUGGUAGAGAGAAUGCUAUGCUGAGAAAAGCCUUGAGCGAGGUCGAAAGGCUUCGUCGCAGAGCUGAAGUUGCAGAAGCUGCGUUGUCGCAUUUUGCACGACGGGAUGUCGAUCCCUCCUCCAUUGACUCUAUGUCUAUAGUUGCGACUAGAGCUACAGCGCGCGCAGACGAGUCAGUUAGUUUCCUGCAGUACGGGCGUCCUACAAGCGAUCGCGACAACUAUUUGUGGUCCCAACCAAACAUGUCGAAUUUCAGGACAGAUCGAUACGGUAACACAGUACUGCACCAGGCUGUGGAGGGAGGCAAGGUGGAGCUCGCGUGUGCUCUUCUUGUCAACGAAGCAAGUGGGGCGCUUGACAUGUUGCAACAAGCUGAAACACAACGUGGUUUUGCGCCGUUGCAUCUUGCUGUUCGCGGUGGUAACAUCGAAAUUGCGAGUCUCUUUUUUCGUCCUGAGGUGUUACCCAACCUCGACUUGAAUUUCAGAGAUCGUGAAGGAAACACGGCACUACACUUGGCCACGCAGCUUGAGAUAAAAUUUGCGUCGCGCAUCCUGGAGCUAUUGCUAUGCUUUGGUGCUGAUGCAAAUGCAGCAAACUUUUUGAAACAAACACCCCUGCAUCUCUGUGCAAUGGUCAAGCGUAGUGGCUCUGCAACGCGUGAGCUUAUGGAGACGCUAUUGCGACACAAAGCGGAUCCGCAGAAGGUCGAUUUCCUAAAGCGUUCACCGUUGCACUAUUGCAUGGAGAAAGGAAUGGAGGAUGAAGCGGUAUUGCUGAUGAAGCACGGAGCGGACAUGAACGCACCCGAUGCAGACGGCGAGCGCGUCAUAACGAAUCCAAAAGCUACUGGUCUCUUGCGAUUUCUACGCGUGACGCCGUCGUGGAUUCCAGACACCGACAUCAGCGCGUGUAUGGUUUGUCUCGAGCCGUUUCCCUUCUUUUUCUCACGCAAGUGCCACUGCGACCGCUGUGGACGUGUGUGCUGCUCGGACUGCGCACCCUCCAGCUCGUCCUGGAGCGGCCGCUUCUGUUUUGACUGCAAACACUACGCCCACUACUCUUGA